GACUUUAAUCUAUGCUUUUUUCUUUCGAGUCGCGAUGUUUCUCAGUUAGUAAUUUAAAUGACGUUGUUAUUUUAUUACUUUUCUUGUAUUGUAAAAUUCGUAAAUACGUAAGUUCACAUCACGGUUUACGUAACAUAUAUAAAACUACAUAAAUAUAUGAUGCGGAACGAUUAGAUAUGUGAUAUAAAAUAUACAUAUGUCACCGGCCGGUAAUUUUGUGUACGUGGUAAAUUUUAUAAAGGUGGUGUUUUAAUUAUUUAAGAGAGUAACACCUUAUAGCCUCAUCAAUAUGGUUACAUUGAUGAAGACAAGAGGUUUGCGUAUGUCUGCACAGAAGCAGGAGACUCUUUUGAAAUUGACUGUGUUAUCUCUUGCAGCAAUUUUAUCUUUUGCAACAAGAUUGUUCUCUGUCUUAAGAUUUGAGAGUGUUAUCCAUGAAUUUGAUCCAUAUUUUAAUUAUCGCACAACAAAGUAUUUAGCAGAAAAUGGAUUUUAUAGUUUUCAUAAUUGGUUUGAUGAUCGUGUUUGGUAUCCUCUUGGGAGGAUAAUUGGAGGAACAAUAUAUCCAGGAUUAAUGAUAACAUCAGCAGCAUUAUAUCGCCUUUCAUGGUUAUUAAAUAUUACCUUAGAUAUACGCACUAUUUGUGUCUUCCUAGCUCCAUUAUUUUCUAGUUUGACAACAAUUAUUACUUACUUACUUACCAAAGAACUGAAGGAUUCUGCAUCAGGAUUGUUUGCUGCAGCUAUGAUAGCAAUUGUACCUGGUUAUAUAUCACGAUCAGUGGCAGGAUCUUAUGAUAAUGAAGGCAUAGCUAUUUUUUGUAUGUUAUUUACAUAUUACAUGUGGAUCAAAGCAGUUAAAACUGGAGCAAUUUGUUGGGCAACAUGUGCUGCUCUUGCAUAUUUUUAUAUGGUGUCUUCUUGGGGUGGCUAUGUAUUCCUAAUUAAUCUAAUUCCUUUACAUGUAUUAACUUUAAUGGUGACUGGCAGGUUUUCUCAUAGAAUAUACAUUGCAUACAGUAUUGUAUAUUGUUUAGGAACAAUUUUAUCUAUGCAAAUAUCUUUUGUUGGUUUUCAACCUGUUCAGAGCUCUGAACACAUGCUUGCAUUGGGAGUUUUUGGACUUUGCCAGAUUCACGCUUUAGUUGAUUAUCUGCGUAGUAAAAUGUCACAAGAUGACUUCGAAGUAUUAUUCCGUGGUCUUGUUAUUUCUGUAGUUACUAUUUCAUUUGUAUUAGGUGUUAUCUUAACUAUUACAGGAAAAAUAUCUCCAUGGACUGGUCGCUUUUAUUCUCUUUUGGACCCGUCCUAUGCAAAGAAUCACAUACCGAUAAUUGCGUCUGUUUCGGAACAUCAACCAACAUCAUGGAGCUCUUUUUACUUUGAUCUUCAGAUUUUAGUAUUUCUAUUUCCCUCGGGUCUAUACUUCUGUUUUUCUAAGUUAACAGAUUCAAAUAUUUUCCUCAUCUUGUAUGGAGUUACAAGUCUAUACUUUGCUGGUGUAAUGGUUCGAUUAAUGUUGGUUUUGGCUCCAGUAAUGUGUAUUUUGGGUGGCAUCGGAGCUUCCUCUUUACUCAUCACUUAUAUGAAACAAGUAGAAAGAGGAAAAGUUACAGAUAAAAAGUCGAAAAAGUUUGAAAGUAAUUAUAUACUCAGAAGUGAGAUUGCCACGCUCUUUAUAACAGUAAUGUGUAUUCUCUUCUUUUCGUAUACCAUCCACUGUACAUGGGUUACAGCAGAAGCUUAUAGUUCGCCUAGUAUCGUGUUAUCGGCGCGUUCUCCAGAUGGUGGUCGCAUGAUCUUUGAUGAUUUUAGAGAAGCGUAUUAUUGGUUACGGAUGAAUACGCCAGAAAAUGCCAAAGUAAUGUCUUGGUGGGAUUAUGGAUACCAGAUCACGGCGAUGGCAAAUCGUACCAUUUUAGUAGACAACAAUACAUGGAACAAUACUCACAUAUCAAGAGUCGGCCAAGCAAUGGCAAGCUCUGAGGAAAAAGCUUACGAAAUAAUGAGAGAACUAGAUGUUAAUUAUGUUCUUGUUAUUUUUGGAGGACUUACAGGCUACUCGUCGGAUGACAUUAAUAAGUUCCUAUGGAUGGUGCGUAUCGGCGGAAGCACUGAAAAAGGAAAAUCUAUAACAGAGUGGGAUUAUUAUAACUCUGCAGGAGAAUUCCGAGUUGACAAAGAAGGUUCUCCAAUUUUGCUCAAUUGUCUUAUGUAUAAAAUGUGUUAUUACAGAUUCGGUCAAGUUUAUACAGAAGGGGGCAAACCCUCUGGAUAUGACAGAGUUAGGAACAUGGAAAUUGGUAAUAAAGACUUUGAGCUAGACAUGUUAGAAGAAGCUUACACUACAGAACAUUGGCUUGUACGAAUUUAUAAAGUGAAAGAUUUAAGAAACAGAGGAAUUUAAAAAAGAUAUGGACUAAUAAGAAAAAAGUAAUAUUAUCACAUCUCUGUAAACUUUCAUAAUUUCACUUGCUUAUAAGUUUUAUAAUUGUCUAUAAGAUAUCAACAUGGCACUAAAUACAGAAUUACAAUUUCCAUUAAAUAGUGUAAUUGAAACUUUUAUAAAAAAUAUACUCAGGCCUCAUUAUAUACAUACAUUAUUUUAGUAAAUAUAGUUAUAUCGAUUUACGAAAUAAUUUUGGAAGUAAUCUUUAUAAUAAUCGAAAAGAAUCCAGCAGCAUAUUUAUUUUAAUAGCGUUUGUAAGAACGUACUAUUAUCUGUAACUUAAAGAAUAUAUAUAUUCAGGGUAUAGUUUA